CCUGACUCUCUUUGUCUGUCCCCCCCCACCAUGUCCACAUCGACCAAUCCGCCUGCGUCUGUUCAGGCUGCAGCGCUUGCUGAUGUGCGGUCCACGACCGAUCUUGGUGCAGACCUAGCCAACAAGGACCUUCCCCUUGCUGACCGUUUUCGUGUUCUCUUCACCCUCCGUAACAUUGGUGGUGAGGAUGGUGUCGCUGCUAUUGCCCGUGCUUUUGAGGACGAUUCCGUGCUUCUCAAGCACGAGGUGGCGUAUGUGCUCGGGCAAAUGAAGGAUCCGGCGGCUGUGGAGACGCUGCUCAAGGUGCUGGCUGACGAAGACGAGGACCCGAUGGUCCGGCACGAGGCUGGUGAGGCGCUGGGUGCUAUUGGCGAUGAAAAGGCGCUUCCUGCGCUCGUCAAGUACGCGGAGCACGAGGAUCCGGUCAUUGCCGAGACGUGCGCGCUCGCGGUGGCGCUCAUCGAGUGGACCAACUCGGAGGAGGGCAAGGCGCAGCUGGAGUCAGGCGAGCUGGGCGAGAACCCGUAUCUGUCUGUGGAUCCUGCGCCACCCGCGGCGCCGACCGCGUCUGUGGCGGAGCUGAAGGAGACGCUCAACAACGCGGACGCCUCACUCUUUGCCCGGUACCGGGCGCUCUUUGCACUGCGUAACGAGGGCUCGGACGCUGCUGUCGAGGCCAUCUGCUCAGCCUUUGACGACGCCUCGGCGCUCUUCCGCCACGAGCUGGCCUACGUUCUCGGCCAGAUGCAGUCGCCGGUUGCGGUCGAUGCCCUCGCCAAGGUUCUCAAGGACGGCUCGGAGCAUUGCAUGGUCCGCCACGAGGCCGCCGAGGCCCUCGGUUCCAUCGCCCACGAUGACUGCCUCCCGCUCCUCCAGACCCACCAGUCUGAUGCUGAGCGUGUCGUCUCCGAGUCGUGCCAGGUUGCCCUUGACAUGGCCGAUUACGAGGCCUCGGGCGCGUUUGAGUACGUGGCGUAGUUUACAAUGAAGACAACCGAUCAGACCGAUA